GGUCCCUCUAGAUUCCAAUAAAAUCAUGGAAGAAAAAAAGAUCCAGCGUGUGGAAGAGGGGCAGGCAGUCCGGGAAGACAAGUUGAGGCGUUGGGCCCAACACAGAGAAAGCGGGCGUCUCCUGGUGUUAGCGGUGAGCCAGCUCUGGAUGGCAGUGGCUUCUGUACCCUUUGCUGCUAGCAUUUCUUGCCUGGAAUCAGACUGCCACAUGAAUAUAGCACUACCCCUCUGGCCAGGAGCUUCGGGUCUGCUUACGGGGAUCCUGACACUAGAACUUCGAAGAACACCCCGCCUCUGGAAGGUGAGAGCCAUGAUGAUAUUCAACUUAUUUGGGAUGAUCCUGGGACUUGUUGUUGUUGUGGUCCAGGGAAUGAAGCUGGCCUUGCGUCCGGCACAGUCAGCCUCCAACCAGUGGGUUGGCUUGCUGGUCCUGGAAUUGAGUGCAGAGGCCUUCACUCUAGGCGGAGCUCUGGUCUCUGCCUUUGCCCUCCUCCUGCUGAGCCAAAGAAAACCAGGAUGCUGUGGUGCUCGGAGACUACGCUAUCAGGAGCUACAGGAGAGCCUCUCAGAAAUGGAAGAAAUUAAAGGCACUGAAAAUAUUCCCUCUGAGCCUUGCGAAGCAAAUAAAUAAGCAAGGAAACGGGAACAGAGGAGUACUCCCAGAAUGCUUGUUGAGGAUGGACCCAAUGGUCCCUCUAUCACCCUGUGCAGACACCGAUGCCCAGGGGAAGGGAGCAGGAAUGACUCCCCUAUCCCCCACAGCUGGGAUGCUUGCUCUCUGCAUUCUCCUCCAGCAACCUCUAUUGCCUGGGAGGUUGGAAUCCAACCAGAUAUACAGGAAUGCCAACUAGGGAGGUGACCACUUCUUCAAUUUGGCUCAACCAUGGACAUGGGAUUUUCCCUUUCCCCUGCCCAGGCAGCUUUGUGCUUGGGUCUGAGGCCUCCUCCCUCAGGAGGAUACUAACUGCCCUAAUUCUUAAUCCUGUGAAAGCCCCCUUAUUGCAUCCUGAAUUCCCCUGACACCUGUUGCUAUUCUAUGUAUCUAUUCCUCCCCCAGCCAUAGUCUGAUUCAUCCAGCUCUCAAUCUAUCCCUCUCCCUCCAUCCAUUCCCUUCCAUCCUCAUCCAUUCUUCCACCCAGUUCCUCCCAUCGGGCUCCAUUAUCCCCUACAUCACAUUCCAACCCUCCACAAUUCAAUACCUUCCCCCAGCAGCCGCAACUUGCCCAACCUUUUGCUAAAGAAUAAGGAGGAAAAGAACUACAAAUCCCAGCAGAUGCCCUUACCGCUUUGCAUGCUGGGAAAUAAAGGUCCUUCUCAGUGCAACUGGGGGCGAUAUGGAUACCUUGAGUGACGCGCAGCGCUACAGAUCUGCCCAUCGCGGAGCAUCCACUUGGUUCGCUCAGACUUCGCUCGGGUCCAGGCA